AUGACAACAGAGUGCUCGAAAGUCGACUCUAGAAAUGGACCUCUUCGUCGUUCGUCAUCAAAGGGCCUUAAGGGGCUGAUUCAUAUUUUCAGAUCAGGUUCUACUAAAGCGUCUGGUUCGAAAUUGCGCAUUCCCUCUUUUCGCGGUGAUCGGAAACGUCUUCUGUCCAGCCAGAAGCACCAAGAACCUGAUAACCUGUUGAAAGAAAUACCCUCGUUGGACUUUCAAAAACUGAAGACUGACCUGUACAUUGAUCUGGCAUAUACAAAUAACCUCUUGCGUCAACGCGUACACAGGGAUAAUCUGACGAAUUUGGUGGCUCAGAUCACUGAAUGUCUGCGUCUCAUUCGCUGUCGCGUUGCCACGGCAGCUGCCUACAUUCAGACAGACAGUCUGCCGGCCUCAUCUGCCUCACACGGGUCAAGCGAAAACCGAGUAAUCCUAGAGGCCGUGAGUCGCUUUGAAAACGCCUACUUCGCAUUCGCUGGUUGGCUAACCGAGCUGGCGGCACUCAAACCCUCUCCAAUGAACGUUUUUCCCGCCCAACUGGGAGGAGAAACCACUGUCGGUCUUCAGCCAUCGUCGAGUCACAGCAACUCGAAGGCCAGCAUCCUCGUCAGCGCCCCCUUGGCCCGCCCAUAUUCGGGCAACGAAAUCGACUCGUUGCACAACAGCACCGUCGUAACUCCGGACGAUGUCGGCGAAGUUAUGGCCCGCGGAAACGCGUGUUUCUUGGCCAUACAAACCGCUGCCGAGUCAGUGUUCCUCAGUCUCGAGGUGUCAGGAUGCACUCGGCCCACAACACCACAGGCCCUCUCCUGUGUGAAUGGAACGCAGAGCCCAUUGUCAAAGGCCAAACAAACAGGCUUCCUAUCCUUCCACUUUCCUCGUGCCACACCUUCUCUGCCAGGGAAAGGACCAACUCCUAAUGGCACACCGAAACCUCCCGAACUCCACCGCGGAGGCGGCCUAACUCUGGAGGAUCGGCAUCUUCUUGCACAGCUGUGGUCACUGGCGGAACCGAUGACAGACACGUCACCGCCGCCGAAGCCCCCACUCUGCCUUGGGCCACCCCAGUGGAGCUCCAGCGCGUCCAUGGUUGAUCUACCUCCGAGUCCUCUGUACAACAACGUUGAGGAGGGCUAUAUAAAUGUGUGCGCGGACGUGAAACUAAACGCCUACCUGCGCUCUUUAGCCAACGCUGUGCAGCUAACGAGUGUCAUUCAGCUAAAUCCUGUACAGAAAAAUAAUUUGGAGGAGUCUGUCUACUCCAACAUUGAUAGCCCAGGAGUGAUGGAGCCACCACUAGACCCCACGCCUCCAGAUCCACCGCCGAGAAAUAAUGCAAAGCAGAAUGGAUGCCUGGAUUUGAACUCUCUUAAUUUGCCCCACGCCGAUGACUCUGAUGCAAGUGAAAAGGAGAACGAGGAGAGGAAAGAGGAGUUUCAUGGCGGCAUUCAGAUUCCGGAGUUAACUGUGUCGUUGUCCGCUGUACAUCCACAUUCCUCUACGACGUCACUCCCACCUCCGGCCUCCGCACUGCCUCCCCCUUACCCCUCUCCCCCUCUUCCAUCCUCUGUCGCGUCUCAGCGACCUCCGCAUGCCCCGGCUACUUCUAAGUGUGACCAAAAUACUAAGAAAUUGGUUGAAGUGCAGAACAAAAACUCUCCUUCCUCGAAUAAACCGUGGGAACCACUCGAAUCGGUAGGUGCUUUCUCGCUUGACUUUCUCUCCGUAUUUUAUUAA